AGAUCAAAUGUUGCCAUCAAUGUUAGUACUGUUUUUUUUCUUCCAGAUUUACAGAUUUUGAAGAAGAAAGAUUUCAAAUAAAAAAUCUUCAUUUCUUUCAAAUUUGUGAUCCAUUGUUCGUUCUCAUCUUCAGAUUUUGUUUUCUCGUGAAAUUUUGUUAAUAAAUCCUUAAAUUUGAUCAACAAUGGCUUCUUCUGCUGACAACAAUCUUACCGACAAAAACAUUGUUUUCAGAAAACUCAAAUCAAAAUCUGAGAACAAGGUCUGCUUCGAUUGUAGUGCGAAGAAUCCAACUUGGGCUUCGGUUACUUAUGGAAUUUUCCUCUGCAUCGAUUGUUCAGCUACUCAUCGGAAUCUCGGUGUUCAUAUCAGCUUCGUCAGAUCAACGAAUUUAGACUCGUGGAGCCCUGAGCAGCUUAGGACGAUGAUGUUUGGUGGCAACAACCGCGCUCAGGUUUUCUUCAAGCAACAUGGAUGGACUGAUGGUGGCAAAAUUGAGGCGAAGUAUACUUCAAGAGCUGCUGAUUUGUAUAGGCAGAUUCUUGCUAAGGAAGUUGCAAAAGCGAUUGCAGAAGAAAAUAAUUCUGGUUUACUGUCAUCUCCCGUUGCUACUUCUCAGUUACCGGAAGUAUCUAAUGGGGGUUCUUCUUAUUCUGUCAAGGAAGAGUUACCUCCUCUUAAAAAUGAAGGUGCCAGUGCCACUUCUUCGCCUAAAGCUUCGAAUACAGUUGUGCCUAGUACGUUUAAGAAACCUAUCGGUGCUAAAAGGACAGGCAAAACUGGUGGUCUUGGUGCAAGGAAGCUUACUACUAAGCCAAAGGACAAUCUCUAUGAGCAAAAACCGGAAGAAGUUGCACCGGUUAUUCCCGCUGCAUCGUCAACAAAUAACGGGGAAAGCAAAUCAUCAGCUGGUUCAUCAUUUGCCUCUCGGUUUGAGUACAAUGACGACUUGCAAUCUGGAGGACAAAACGUUGGUGGUACACAAGUGCUUAACCAUGUUGCUCCACCAAAGUCGUCAAGCUUCUUUUCGGAUUUUGGAAUGGACAGUUCUUUCCCCAAGAAAUCAAGCUCCAACUCGUCAAAAUCUCAAGUUGAAGAAUCAGAUGAAGCAAGAAAGAAGUUCACAAACGCAAAGUCCAUAUCUUCAGCUCAGUACUUUGGGGAUCAGAACAAAAACGCUGAUAUGGAAUCAAAAGCUACUCUCCAAAAGUUUGCAGGCUCAGCAUCUAUCUCAAGUGCUGACUUCUACGGUCACGACCAAGAUGAUUCCAAUAUCGAUAUAACAGCUAGCGAUCUCAUUAACCGACUUUCUUUCCAGGCGCAACAAGAUAUCUCAUCGCUGGUGAACAUAGCAGGGGAAACAAAGAAGAAGCUUGGAACUUUGGCUUCUGGUAUCUUCAGUGAUAUUCAAGACAGAAUGCUGUAAGAAGAAGACCACGAGGUCUCACAUGUUUUUUGAGUUUUUGAUUUGACAGAGAAAAAAAAGUAAGAAAGAAGCUUUGUCGGAAACUUCCAAUGAGGUUCAUGUUUCUCUGUUUUUAUAGAGCUUUUUGGGAUUAUUGAGACGUGGCUAUUGUUGUUAUCAUCAAAAUAUAUAUUGAUACACUAU